AUGGUUGAAAAAACAAAUAUUUAUCACCACAUAAAAACUGGUAAGGAGCUGAAAGUUACUUUGGAGGAGAUAAAGAAAUUCUUAGGAAUUUCAAUGCUUAUGAGUACUCUAGGUUAUCCUAGAAUUCGUCAGUACUGGGAAUCUACUUUCAAAGUUCCAAUAAUUGCAAAUGCAUUUCCCAGAGACAGGUAUUUCAACAUCAGAUCGGCUAUUCAUGUAGUAAAUGAUAAUGAUGUCACCCAAGCAAUGAAGGAUGAAGAUAGGUUAUGGAAGGUGAGGCCAUUGGUUGACAAGUUUAGGACUGCAGUACUUCAAAUUCCGAGACAAGAGGAUGCUAGCAUAGACGAGCAAAUGAUUCCUUUUACAGGGCAUGUUGGAUUCAGACAGUUUGUCCCAAGGAAGCCGAACCCUACAGGGUUAAAAGAUUAUGUUCUGUCUUCAAAAGAUGGUUUGAUCCUGGACUUUGAGGUUUAUCAGGGGAAGAAUACCACAAGACUUCAUCCUGAAGUUGAGGGGCACCUAAAACUGGGUACUGGUGGUCGUGCUGUAUUGCAGUUAGCUGAAACUUGUCCCCCAGGAACAAAUCUCUACUUUGAUCGCUACUUCACUGGAUUGGCUCUACUGAAAGCAUUACUGGCAUUGAAAGAGAAAGGUAUUUCAGGGACUGGGACUACAAUGAAACAGAGACUACCAAAUAUCGAUUUCAAGGGGGAUGCAGAAUUGAAUUUAGAAGGGAGGGGUGCAUUUGAUAUGAAGGUGAAUGAUGAUGAAAGUGUCCUUGCUCUUAAAUGGGUUGAUAACAAAAUCAUCACCAUGGCUUCCACCCGACAUGGUGCAGAGCCAUUCACAAUGGCACGGAGAUAUUCAAGGGCAACAAAACAAUACAUUGAUGUACCAAUGCCAAAUGUUGUACGUCAGUACAACAUCAACAUGGGAGGUGUGGACCUACAUAACAGAAUGUUAUCUCACUACAGGUCAUACCAUAGAACAAAUAAAUGGACUGUUCGUUUUAUGGAACAUUUUUUCGACAUGGCCUGUGUGAAUAGCUGGUUAAAAUACAAGUCAGACUGUUUCACUCAAAACGUUCCCAAAAAGGAUGUGAUGGACUUGCACUCAUUCAAAAUGCGCCUGGCUCAACUGCUAAUCAUUGGGAAAAAACGACUUGCCGAUUCAGACACUGACUCAGAAGAGGAGAGGCCACGAAAGAAAUCUGCAGGAAGGCCAGGAAAGGUUCCUCUUCCACCACAUGAAGCAAGAACCAAGGGAGCACUGCACAUUCCUAUAGCAAUGGAUCUUCCCUUUGCACAAUGCUGUAGGAAUCCAAACUGCUCAGGGAAAUCAAGAGUAAAGUGCACAGAAUGUGAUGUGUACCUUUGUGUGCUCAACCACAGAAAUUGCUUUUUGAAUUUCCAUAGAUGA